GGAAAUUUCUUCAAAUAAAUAAAUAGAGGGAUGUGCAUCUCUGGAUGACAGAAAGAAAACAAGCCGUUCCAGUUCCAGCGGCGUUAAUCAAUCCAAAGUCCAAACUAUGGCGCCCCGGAAUCUGCGUUUUCUCCCUUGCUCCUCCUCCUCCUCCUCGGCAUGGGAACUGCAUAGAGUCCCAAACCCUCCGUCUCCUUCCAGCAGCAUCAGCAAACUGGGAGGCGAUCUCCUCUUAGAAGUUGUAAUUCGCGUUCCGGACCCGAGGUCCGCCUUCCGCUGCAAACUGGUCUGCAAGCGGUGGAACUCUCUGAUCUCAGAUCCCUAUUUCAACCGCCGUUUCGUCUCCCAUCACCAGAGGAUGAACGAAGGAUACCCAUCGCUGCUUAUUCGCUCAAGGGAUCGCGAAUCCGUUAUCCUGAGCUUCCUCCCCUUGCCUUGUUGUUUUUCCAAAGCGCCUUUCCGUGUUUUUGAUUGCUUCAAGGACUUGGUUCUAUGCGGGAUGUGGGUCUGUGAUCCCGGAAUGGGCAGGUCUUGGUUUGUCUGCAAUCCGUUUACCAAGCAAUGGGUUGCCCUUCCUUUAAUGCCUAAACGGUCGCGGAAGGAACGUGCUGGAAUGGUUGCGAGGUUAGUUUGUGAACCUCGUUCUAAUCCCGAGCUUGAUCUUGGAGAUGGCCAAGUAUUUGUUCAUUCCGAGUAUCGGUUUCGGGUGGUGUGUAUGUAUAAAGAGGGUGGGGGAGGGGAUGGGAUGUCUACAAAACUAGACGUGUUUUGUUCCGAGUCUGGAGCCUGGACCGAGGGGGCUUUUGUCCUUGACAGUAAAUAUAGUACCUAUCUUGAUCAAGUAGUUUCGUGCAACGGCAGGUUCUUUUGCUAUGCCUCGGAAUCUGCUGCAAUUCCUCCAAUUCUUGGCAUUGAUCCUUUCCGCCUCGAUAGACCUCCAUACCGUGUGGAUAAUCAUCCUGGAUUUUCAUGGGAACAUUUUGAUAUCUCAAUCUCGCAAGGCGUUUUGCACAUAGCUCGACUUGCUCACAACUCUGCUGCACCUCCCUUGUUGACUGUUUGGAGACAGGAAGAGGACGACGACCACCAACAUAUAUCUUGGAGUGAAGUAUAUCAAGUGUCGUUGAAAGAGCCGUCAAAACCAUGUAAUUACAGUCGUGAACGUUGCUACUUUGCCUGCUUGCAUCCAGACGACCCGGAAAUUGUCUUCUUGUAUAAUGACUUCGACGUUAUAUUGUAUCACGAUGUGAGGACGGGGGAGGAAGGCGUCUUUGAUGAUGAAUAUUCACAUCCCUGGCGGCUGUUCCAGCCUAGGAUAUCCUGCUGGCCUACCCCAAUUCCAAACUACGAAAAACUCCGAGCUGCAUACGAUGCCUGUUGUGUUCAUCACACCAGACGCCAAGCUGCUCGUCCUGCUCUGCCCCUCAGAAUCUAAGUUUGUAUGUAGACAUUCUUUUCUUUUGUCUGUUAGGGUUUAUUUAGGAGAAGUUUGCUUGGAACUAGGAAUGUUAAGAGCGUUUUUCAGUUGAAGCAGAACAGAGCAGUCGUAGCUAGCUUAUAUUCUAAACUGUAAUGAAGCUGAGUGAGGGGCGCUUAAUGUCUCUCCUUUCAUUUUGUUUCUAUUGUUCGGUUUUUAUCAAUAUAUAUGCUUCCUUCUUGGCUCUCAUUUAUUGGUACUACAAUUAGUUUGUGCAGCAGUGCAUAAACUCCAUCAUCAUCUGCCAGCAACUCAAUGGCCUUCUGUCCAGCCAUUUCAGCAACAUCCCAGUUCCCAUGUAUACUUUCUGAAUCGCUUUAGGGAGAUACUCUGAAAUUUGACAGUGUUUUUCCGUGAAAUGACAGGAUACUGUUCUAUGUAAAUUUAAGGUUUUUCUUCAUCAGUAUUCUUCCUCUUUCUAUUCCAAAUAGUUAGUAAUGAAAUUGUAAUCAACAA